AAUUAAUAGUUGCAACAUAGUUCAGAAAUAUAUAGUACUUAUAUAUUGGAGAGCUAUUUACGACACUGUAGUUACCACCAUUCGCCGCUGGUAGCGCUGUUGCUGCUCGGUUGCUAAGAACGUCUAUUUUCCGGCAUCUGGUUGGUCUCGGUUGCCUGGCGUCACUUGGAAGCGUCUUCCUCGUAUGGUUGCUAUCAGGACGCGGAAGAAACAACCUACGUUUUGCGACGGGAUUUAAACCAUCUGUGAAAUGUAAUGUUGUUAUUCUGAGAAGUAAGGGCAUUUAAUAAUGUGAUGUUGACAAAACCGGAGCGGAUUUGAUUUCCUUCUACUCGAGUCUUUGGAUAUGAAAGCGCACAAACACAUUUGACAAUGGGGGAUGUCUUGGCGUAUGAAUCAGACCUCCUUGGUCUGGUUAAGGAGUAUUUAGCGUUUGGUGAUUUGGAAGAAACUGUGAAGGUUUUCGAGAAAGAAUGCAAGAGUAAAGGAAAGCCUGUUCCGAAAUGUGCAAGAAAUGUCUUGCGGGAUUCUAAAACCUUAAUUAUUCAGAAGGACAUGAUUACCUCGUUUGAAGAUGGAGAUAUGAAGGUGUUCCUGGACCUGUGGGCAGAGCAUGUCCCAGCUCAGGUUCGAGACUGUGACCUUCUCGCACAGAAGCUGGAGUUCUAUCUGCACGUACACUUUGCCAUCUACCCUCUGAAAAAUUCCCUGGGGAAGCUUGACAGGGAGGAUUUGGAUGAAAGGAUCACUCACUUUAAGCAUUACCUGGAGACCAGAGGAGCAGCACUGAGCCAGACCACAGAGUUCCUGCCGUUCUACGCCCUGCCCUUCGUACCCAACCCCACAGUGCACCCCUCCUUCAAGGAACUCUUCCAGGAAUCUUGGACUCCUGAGUUGAAGAGGAGACUGGAAUCAUUCCUGUCUGUGACACUGAAAGCCUGCAGUACUCCAAAGCUUCUCACUCUAUAUAAGGAGAACGGGCAAGGCAAUGAAGAGGCGCUGAACAAUCUGCAGCAGCAGUUGCUGGAGGCGGAGAGGAAAGCUGCGACCUACAUGAAAAAGUACAAGAAGAUGCAGGCCGACUACCACAACCUCAUCGGGGUCACCGCAGAGCUGGUGGACUCGCUGGAGGCUACGGUGAACGGCAGAAUGAUCACACCUGAAUAUCUCCAGAGUGUCUGUGUGCGUCUGUUUAGCAAUCAGAUGAGACAAAGCACGGCCCAAAGCAUUGACUUCACGAGGCCUGGGACGGGAUAUUACUCUAUGAGCCCUUAUGACAGUGAUGGUGGAUAUGCAUCGUCCAUGCUGAGAGCAUCCAUUGCCCCUCCGAAGUCCACAGAUGUACCGUUGCUGCCCUCCUUGGCCUACAAGAAGCUGAAGAAAGACCUGAUUUACGGCACCGAUCGUCUGAAGGCCCUGCUGUUGCAGGCGCUUCGCUGGAGAUUAACCAGAUCACUCCAUGGAGAGCAGAGGGAGACUGUCCUGCAGGCUUACAUCGGCAACGAUCUACUUGACUGCCACAGCAACCACCAGAGAAAUGUACUUCAGCUGCUAAAUUCUAAGAGCGAGGUUGUCCGACAGUACAUGGCACGGCUGAUCAACGCUUUUGCCUCACUCGCAGAUGGGCGCAUGUAUCUGUCCCAGAGCCCCGUGUUAUUGACCAUGCUGGAGAACACGAUGAAGGCAGAGGAGAAGGAUUCGCUCUCAAGGGAGAAUGUGCUGGGUGCACUGCAGAAGCUGAGCCUACGGCGCAGUCUGCAGUCUGUUAUGAUCAGGGGAGAGAUUAUACUGUGGCUGGUGAAUCUGCUGGAGGAUGCAGACUGCCUUUCCGAUUACACCUUGGAGUACGCUGUGGCUCUGCUGAUGAACCUGUGCCUCAGGACAGCAGGAAAGAAGAAGUGUGCAGAACAUGCUGCUCACGUGCUGAAGGUUUUGUCUGAUCUUCUGGGGCACGAUAACCAUGAGAUUCGCCCCUAUGUGAAUGGAGCGCUCUACAGCAUUCUCGCUAUUCCUUCAGUCCGGGAGGAGGCAAGAGCCAUGGGAAUGGAAGAGCUCUUGAGAUGCUUCAGCAAGGAAGGGAACGUUGAGAUGAAUAGGCAGAUUGAGUUUAUCAUCAAGCAGCUCAAUUCAGAGGAAGUUUCAGAAGAUGGAGUUGACUCUGACGAUGAAGAUGAAGAUGACGAUGAUGAAGAAGAUCAGGAUGCGAUGGAAGCAGAUUUGGACAAAGAGGAGGUUCUUCAGCCCCAGCCCAGGGAACUGUCUGGAGAGACAUUGCUGACCACAGAGUACCUGGGAAUAAUGACUAACGUGGUGAAGGCAAAGAGGAAGAUGGCACCAGCCCUGAGCCACAUCAUUGACGAGCCACUGCAGCGGCCAGUCACGCCCAGCUCCCACAGGACCACCUUUACACAAGAAUCCAAGCCCAGCAGUGAUUUCCAUUACUCAAGUAACAUAAACAGAAGUAAAGACACCCAGUCGAGGCACAGCGCUCGCCCACCGACGCGCAGUGGAAGUCGACCCAGCACCUCUGACUACUGCAGCCCUGCAAUGUCCGUGGACACAGAAGCCUCUAGACUUUUCUCCCCGGGUUCAGGGAUUAACCAGCAAUUUGAGGCUCUUUCUCUCCAGUCAGUAUCAGAUCAGGCACCUGAAGAGCACAAUGGACAGCCCAGCAGUUACAGUGACUUCAACCCUGGUUUCUCCAGUAACCCCAAAAUCCCUCAGACCCCUGAGGUUUUAAGCCCAAGUCCCCGAAAGCACCGGACCCCGACCAUCACGCCCCAGUUCUCCCAGUCUGGACCUCAGCAGACCAGUCGGCCCAGCUCUGCAGGAUCUUCUGGGAGGAGCAGACAGAGCAGCCAGUCAUACAGGAAGUGAAAACAGACCUUUCGGCACAGGAGUCAGCUGACCCUGAGACUCCAGAGAUUGAUCCAGCUUCAUGUAACACCAUCCAGAUCACAGCAGCAGAGACUUUAGCAGCAUUGAGGCGCGGAACAAUCUGCAGGAUUGUAGCUCCAGCUGCUCACAGAACUGCUCUGUAAUUCUGGAAUAUGGAAGACUCUGUAUUAAGUGCAACAGACACGUUUUAUUCUGUUGCUGUUAACACUGCAGGUGUACGCUUUCAUGCUGGUGAAUCAUCUUGUCAUUUUUCGGAGCAGAUUGUAUUUCAGAUACUACCUCCUGUCAAGAUGGAAGAGUGCCCUUACAAAUAGAAAAAACACAGCGGGUCGAAUAUAAUCCACAUGGUAAAGGGAAACCGUUUAUUUAAAAAAAAAAAAAAAAAAAAAAAAAAGGGUCCGUUCUUGAGAAAUACUAUUAAGAGCUUCUGAGGAUGUCCUCUUGGCAGGAAGAAAACAAAUAAAUUAGUUUAGGUAUUUUUCAAAAAAUAUUUCCUUCCUUUGGAGGGAGGAUGCGAUUCCCAAUAAUAAACACAACACAGGAUUAGUAGCUUGUUUUCUGUUUAAUUAUUUUCUGUCAUUAAUUUACAGCCCUAGAGAAAGACUAAAACACAUUUCUAAGUAAAUCAUCUAUAUUUGGGACACCAGUACGACUUCACACACAAAGGUUAGACAAAGCAGACAAAUCCAAGUUCGUGGUGGUAUUGUGCAAACCACAUAAAGGCUGAUAGUCAUUUGGUUGUUGCACAGGGUUCAAAUUCCCUUAUAAAGUAUAUUACCUGGCAUAGCUUUCUCAACUUGUUUCCGACCUUCAAUUGCAUAAUCAAAAUGAAUUGGGAGGUAUUGUUGUUUCUUGUUUAUCUGCAGUGCUCUUGCUACCCCCUGAGUAUUGGUGACUCGGCCAUGUUACUUACUGGUGCAGUGUAGCCAGCAUCACAAGAUUGCAGUGGCUCUCCUGACCGGCACACCUGGGCUCACCACACCUUUAAUGUGGGAAGCAGUCAUUGAGUUCCAUCCAGAUGGAGUCUCUGGGGAAUAGUGGUAAACGCAGCUUAAGCACAAGGAUUAUUGUGUGUAAUUGUAUUGUUCACUUUACAUUAUAGGAAAUAUUGCACUGUGUCCACCAAUGAAUUGUUCCCUUGAGACCCCAGGUGCCUGGCAUUCAUUUUAUAUCUUCAAAUAUACUGUUUGUUUCAUAACCGUAUGAUCAUUCAGAGCACUGUAAGAAUUGCAUAAUAAUGGGUGUUGUUUUGGACAGAUUGCUAAUCAUGUGUGUAAAUCUCAUAUAAUCUAUACAUUUUGUGAAACUACAAUAUUUCAAAAGUAAAUUAAACAAUGUUUCUGACAAUGUUGGUGUGUCCCAUUUUGAAAUGUAAUUUUUAAAGAAGCCUGAAUGAAUCAUGUUUGAAACCUUUUUGUCCUUUGCUGUAGUGCAUGUAAAUAUAAUCUAUGUGCUGUUCUACCCAGUCCAAUGAUUGCUUGUUUUUACUCCUGUGUUAUUUCAGUGUUUUAUGAUUAGAACAGAUCUGUUUAUCAGGUCCUGGAAAUAGAAAAUGAAAGGUCUUUCGAACGGUCUUCAUUAUGAACACUUGGCAGUGAACGUCGACUUCCUUGAACUUGAACUCAGACAGCCUGUGGAGACGCACGUCCUUCAAGUUCAUUUUUUAAUCAACCAUCAUAGACCUCUGUUUUACAUAUUUUAUUUAACAUGCAUGUUUUCUUGGUUGUUCUGUGGACAGGAUUUUCAAGCAACUUUAGCACAGACAUUCUUUCUAUUCAUUUUAAAUAUUUUCUAAAGAAUACUCUUCCAUUUUGUGUGUUGUGCUAUAUUUUGGUAACCAUAAAUUGUCUAGUUAUUUUUGUACAUGAACUCUAAUAAAAGUUUCUUUAAAUAUUCUAAAAUUCUUUGAAUGUUA